AUGAGACAGCCAAAGGUCAAAGUCAAUCUCACAGUGAAAUGCACUGGCUUAGCGAAUGUAUACACAACGGGUGAUACAAUCGAAGGCUACGCUACUAUUACCGUGAAUCGCGAUACUCCUUUCGAUGAGAUUGAUAUCAUCUUUGAAGGUACGGCUACCCACGAGGUCUUGAUACAAGUCGCUUAUUUCUUAGGUAUAUUACAGACAGAAGUCGAGCGGGUAGCAUGUCCCGGCUGUUCUGGAUCUAAGCGACGAUUCUUCAAAGUCCGGCAACCGAUCGAUGCAACUGAAUACCCAUCUCCUCGAGUCCUUUCGCCUGGCCACACAUAUCACUUUCCAUUCUCCUUUGUCGUGCCAGCACUACUCCUAACGAUUGUUUGCAAUCAUCCUCAGGCGGUCUCAGAUGUCAAAUUUUAUCACACACUGCUUCCGCCGACGUUACACGACCCACUAUUCGGAAAAGAUGACAUGGCCCCAGAGGGAAGCCAAAUAUUCUAUCGCAUACGGGCAUCGGUUCAUGGCACAAGUUCCAGAGCCAUAAAAACAGAUUUGCUAGCAGAAAGUGUUCAAAAUGUACGGAUCCUCCCGAAAACUAUGGGACUUGCGAUACGACGCGGUUUCAAAAGGAAAACUGCUGGGCAACUCAGAGCUGUACUAUGGAAGCCUGAGCCCAUCCAACUUCUCCCCUCAAAAACGGGUGAAUUCGAAGCUCUUGGUACUGUCGCCACGAUAAAUCUCAUAUUUCGGCCUGCUCGAGAUGAACUGCCGCCCCAUCUGAACACGAUAACAAGCAAACUGUCUGUGGGAAAGUUUUGCAGUUUAGCUCCACUAGGCAAGCUACCUUCAUUGCUUGACACCACGGACUUUACCCGCGUCGGUCGAAGUUUGAGCAUUGUGGAGGUACGACUUUCUUCCCUUCGGCUGGCUCCAAUUCGAUGGGAAAGAUGCAUAUCGUCUGCUAAUUCUGUAUGUGAUGGAAGAACAUAUCCAGUACUUCCUUGUCAGCAAGAUGCGCUCCUUCAAGAAUCUAGAGACCAAAUGAAACCGGUCCUAUCAAACGUCUGCUAUAAGGCGACUGUCAUCGUUCCUGUCAAUCUCCCAAAGUCAAAGGCGUGGAUUCCGACAUUCCAUUCCUUGUUACUUAUCCCGCACAUAUGCCCUGCGUAUUGGGAUAUCAUACAGAUGGAGCAUGCCAUGUCAACAUUGGAUCUCAGCAUUCCUAUCCAGUUGAACGGCUGUCCAGUGUCUGAUCAACCUCCACUUCCACCACCAGAGUCACUCAAUAUCGAAGAGAAGCACAACUGA